AUGGCGUCGCUUGCUCUCUCGUGGUCCACCACCACACCAUCCGUCAAGCCAUCUCCGCUGCCACCUCAUUUCCCGACCAAAACCGCCACUCGAGCCCGUCCCCUCACCAUCUCAUGCAAAGCCGCUGACGACGACACCGAGACCUCUUCCGACCUAGCAAAACUCGACCGACGAAACCUACUCCUCGGAGCCGGUGGCCUAUCCGGUGCUGCUGCGGCCCACAUUCUCUCCCGCGGUCCCCCGGCCCUGGCCACUCCCAUCACAUCCCCCGACCUCUCCAAAUGCUCCACCGGCACCAACCUCAACACCCAACAGCCCCUCGACAUAAGCUGCUGCCUCCCCAAUUCCUUUGACGUCUCCGACUACAAGCUCCCGUCCGUCACCAAAAUGCGCGUCCGACCCGCGGCCCACCUUGCCGGGAAGGACUACUUCGCAAAGUACGAAAAAGCCCUUUCCCUCAUGAAGUCUUUACCGGACGACGACCCGCGGAGCUUCACGCAGCAGGCCAACAUCCACUGCGCCUACUGCAACCUCAUCUACCCUCAGACGGGCGGCGCCCCAGACUCGAAGCUCCAGAUCCACAACUGCUGGCACUUCUACCCCUGGCACAGAUGGUACCUUUAUUUCUACGAGAGGAUCCUCGGGAAAUUGAUCGAUGACCCGACGUUCGCCAUCCCGUUCUGGAACUGGGACCACCCUGACGGCAUGAUCAUGCCGGAGGAAUUCGCGCGCAGAGGCUCCCCUCUCUUCGACGCACGCCGCAACCAGAAACACCUGCCGCCUGCGCUGGCUGACCUGGCGUACUCCGCCAGGUCAGCCACGAGGCCGGACAGGAUCGUCUCCAACAACCUCACCGUCAUGUACACCGAGAUGGUGCGCAACGUCUCGCGGCUCGAGGACUUCUACGGAGCGAGGUACGCGGUGGGGACCGCGCCGGACCCUGGCCCCGGGACCGUGGAGCGCGGGUCCCACGCGUCGAUGCACUCGUGGGUCGGGGAGGACACGCCGACGGGGGAGGACAUGGGGAACUUCUACUCCACGGGUCGCGAGCCGCUCUUCUACAGUCACCACGCCAACAUCGACCGACUCUGGUCUGUGUGGCGUGGCCUGCCGAAGAAGCCUGGGAAGUCCUCGAGGGACUUCCCGGACGAACCCGACUGGCUCAGGGCCGACUAUCUUUUCUACGACGAGGAGGGGCGGCUCGUGCGCGUGACCAAUGCCGACACGCUGGAGACUGAGCGGAUGGGUUACGUGUACCAGGACGUGGCCCUCCCGUGGCUGAAGAACAGGCCGAGGCCGCGCAACAAGAAGUCGAAGGCGGCGGCGGCCACCGGAGCUCCGGCGGCGGCGGCGGCGGGGGUUUUUCCGAUGAGGCUCGACAAGGUGGUGAAGGUGCUGGUGGGCAGGCCGAAGAGGUCGAGGAGCAAGAAGGAGAAGGAGGAGGAGGAAGAGCUGCUGGUGAUAGAGGGGAUUGAGGUGGACACGGCCAGGUUCGUGAAGUUUGAUGUUUUCGUGAACGACGAGGAUGACAAGCCGGACGAGCUGGACAAGGCGGAGUACGCGGGGUGUUACGCUCAGGUCCCACACAAGAACUCGAUGAAGGUUAAGAGUAAGAUUAGGCUGGGGUUGACGGAGCUGCUGGAGGAUUUGGAAGUGGAGGGUGACGACAAAAUAUUGGUGACGUUGGUGCCCAAGGCAGGGGGUGAGGACAUCACCAUUGGCGGUAUCAAAAUAAUAUAUGCCUCCUAA